AUGAGUGCUGUCCACGAAGACGUCUACGUCGACGAAGAACCCGCUGUGCCGAGCAACCCCCCAUUCUGCCGAGUUCUCUCAAAAGGUACACUCCAAAUUGUACACACGUUCCCCGCAUUCGACAGCCCACGUCUAGGUCUCGCAUGGAACUUUGGUUCGAUCGCGCUCAACCCGUUCUUGCAAUGCUACGCGCGUGGCAUCAAGAACAGCAACCCCAUCAACGUGUGCUUCAAAGAAUUUCGAGGCCUCGGGCGCGCCAUUUGCAAGUUCACUCUCCAACACAGCGUGCUGGAGACGGCGCCACCCACGUACAUAUUUAACAUCGUCCUCCCUGCGUGUCGUCGGUCCCCCUAA